AUGGCGACCGGUGAGAGGCGAUCAAAUCUCAGGUUGCUCAGGACGUCAUUGAUUCUGGACCAAGGCGACACACGCACGACUCGCCAUGGAGACUGUCUCAGACUGUGUACUUACAACGCGAGAACAGUUUCCACAGACGCCGACCUGCAUGCCCUUCUCGGAGCUGCAGAGCGUAUCAAAUUUCACGUGAUUGCUCUGCAGGAAACCAAGUGCAGAAGGAGCGACGUACGACAGAUGAAUGACGGUACACUCGUCAUUCGUGGAGAGAAGGUUCCGUCGCGAAAUGUAGGCGGUGUUGGUUUCGUUGUGCACCCAUCUGUCGUCCAUCUCGUCGAUUCUCACGAGAUCCUGUCACCUCGUCUGGCCAUUCUUCGCCUCCGCCCUCUGCGCCAAAAAUCCAUCAGUAUCAUCAACUGCUAUUCACCAACAUCAGCAGCUGAUGAUUCCGAAUUGGACGCGUUUUAUGAGGAGCUGGAGGAAGUAGUCCACAACGAGAAGUCCUUUUACAAAUUCGUUGUCGGAGACUUCAACGCAAAACUAGGAAAAGCCACAGAAGAGGAAUACAGGAUUGGAAGAUUUGGACUAGGGGACCGGAAUGAAAAUGGCAAUCGUCUCGCCGGGCUGUUGUCCGCCGCUCGCCUCUUUCAUGGGAACUCUCUUUUCAUGAAAAAAGAUCAUCGUCGGUGGACAUGGGAAUCGCCCAAUGGCGCGACUCGUGCGGAGAUCGACCACAUACUCACCAACCGGAGGUGGUGUCUACUUGACGUCUCAGUAGUACCAUCCUUUUGUAGUGGUUCUGAUCACCGUCUCCUUCGUGCGAAAAUACGACUUAGCCACACGAUGGAAAAGAACAUCUGCUAUCGGCAACGAAGGAGAAAAGAAGUCGUCUACGACGAUUGCGUACUCGAGGACUCCCUGUCCCAAGGUGACUGGCACAUCGAGGAGGACCCAAACGUGGACUACGAGAUGCUGCUCAGAGGAUUACGAGCCUGUGCUGAACGUGCCUCGAAGUCGCGCACGACAAACUUGGAUCGAAUUUCGAAGACCACCAAGGAAUUGUUAGGAAGAAGAAGGGCUUUGAGGCUUGAUCCGAAUGCAUCGCACAUUGAGCGGUUAGUAGCAAACACUAGCUGCAGAAAAGCGUUGCAGGAGGAUCUUUCGAAGUACAGGCAGAAGAAGAUUCUAGAAGCAGCACAAAGAAGAACGAGUCUAAAGAAGUGCCGCAGGGACCUCUGCGAAUAUAAUAUUCCGCUAGCAACCUUGCUGAGCGAAGACGGGACUCGCACGUCUUCUCGUCGUGAGAUGGAAAUCAUUACGGAGAGGUUCUACUCGAACCUUUUCCGUUCAUCAACUCCUGUGUCAAGCCCAAUCAUCCCCACUGGCGAUGCUCCACCACGGAUUCUCCCUUCGGAAGUACGAGUCGCUAUCAAGAGCAUGAAACCUGGCACAGCCCCCCGGACCUGA